GCUCACGACGAUGGCUCCAUGCAGACUGCUAGUAUCAGCGUGGAUGUGCUUUCUCUUUCGCCCACGACUCGCCGUAGCACCACCACCCCUGCACCAACGACUCCAAGAAGCACCACCACAGAGAGAACUACACCGGCAGACCUGCUCCAGACGACAACACAAUUGAUGACGACUUCGGCGGCUCCAGAGCCUUCGAGCGAUUUGGCAUUGGACAGUUCAGCUGUCACUGAAACAUCAUCGGAGACCCCUACAUCAGAAUCAUCAGUAAAUGAGAAUACUACGGCUACUGCAGAAGCUCCUCCAACGAUACCUGUCGUUCCCCUCGUUCCUGUAUCGAAAACUGUAUCCAAUGAACUGCGGGCUGCACCGGAAUCAGAUGAUGAUUCCAACGAAAAUGAAGAUCUCGUACUUACCGCACUGAAUCGUGAAGUGACUGGAGAACCACCGAACCUUUUAUUUCCUUUAGGAGCAACAUCGUCAGAGCGGAUGACGGCAACUGAAGCGACGUUAUCGAAGGAGGAGCUGGCUAGUAGUAAACAGGUCGACGAAAGCUCCGAACUUCUGUUGCCCAAAAUAGAAUCUGCGGAGGAACAGAUUAGUGACAAUGACGAAGAAACAGAACGGAAAGGCGACAAGGUCAGGAUCUCCCUCGAAGGAUCCGGCAUGUCUAGUGCUUCGGCUGAAGUUUUGGAAACUACCAGAGGCGUCUUCAGUGCAUCCGCCCACUUUUGGCUUGACUCCAUCCAUCGAGAAACCAUCUGA